CAGGUGCCAAGAACGCCGCUCUCCAGAGGCAAGCGUGCAGAUCUAAUUUCUGGAGUCAAUUCCAGACGUCGAUUCGGUCCAAGCCGCCGCACGACCUACCUACUACCCGAGCAACGUCGUCGCCAAUUACGUCGUGACUUACGGAUCUACGCAAUUCAAUGGACUCGUGAAGCUGACGAACAAUUGCGUCGUCGGUAGGAAGGACCCUCAAAAGUCUUCUCAAAAGGGAAACGAAAAAGAGUUAAAAAAACAGAGAAGAGGGAGACGAAGGGUGUCGGUUAGAAAUUAUGGCGUUACAACACACGACGGCACCCCUCCGGUGCCUUCGCCAACCUCUCUUCCCCAAUCUCUUCCCAUCGCGGUGUCUAAGCACAGCAUCCCCCCUCUCCCGACAAACGCCCUCGCACCUCACCGUGCCAACCGAGCAAGUCCCAGACUACCCCUACGGGCGCUUUCAGACGUACAAGCAGCGCAACGAGGGUCUCUACGGGCGCUCCAAGAUCCGCUUCGGCAACGUCGUUGCAGCAAAGUACAAGAACAAAUCGCGCACAUCGUGGCUUCCGAACCGGCACACGAAGCGGCUCUGGUCGCCUUCGCUAAACGCAUUCAUCCGGACGCGUAUGACGGCCUCGGUUCUCCACACCAUUGACAGACUGGGUGGUAUCGACGAGUACCUUUUGGGCUCCAAGGCGAAGCGGAUAAAGGAGUUGGGACCCGCGGGCUGGGCGCUGCGGUGGAAGAUCAUGCAGACGCCCGCCGUGCAGGCGCGUUUUGCGGAGCAGCGCGCGGCGCUGGGUCUCCCGCCCAAGGAGAGCGAGGGCGUUGUUGCCGAGGAGGAUUCGUUCCCCGUGGAGUUGGCGUCUGAGGGGCUGAGUUCCGAGACUGUGCUGGAUGAGGUGGAUGCUAUGUUGGAGCGGGAUGAGGAGUUUGUUAUUGGGGAGCCUUAUGCUGAGGAUGGUGAGCAGGGGAGUCGAGAAGCUGCUCAGAAAUCUGUAUGAGCGGGUUUCUUAGUGGGGUGGUGGGAAAAGAAAAUAGACUCGAGGGUACGGCGAUAAUGCAUUGCUCAGGAGGAUGUGAUUGCAUAGCUUGUCUUCUGUCUGAUAUCGUUGGGGAAUGAACGAUGUAUCAUCAUUGUAUUAUAUAUACCUUCCCACAGCGGCACGAGUCACAACUGUAUCAACAU